CAGCUACGACUUGCGCGGGCGUCACCUUCCUCUCCGAGCUCUCUGAGGUAACUGCUCCGCACGCAGUGCUGUGACAGCGCGGAUGCCUCGCUAGCUAUUCUGUGUUUAUCGCCGCGCACGCGCUCCGGUCGGCCUUCGGGAGAUGAGACUCCGUUUCGGACCGCUACCCCGAGGUCAAGCCGACAGCGAGAGAACGACGGCAGGUGUGGAAACCCACUGCCUCUCACCGACGCGCUUCUAGAGGAUAAGAGGAGUAACUUGUUGUUUUUUGGCUCGUUUUUUUCUUUCUGGUCUGCGAGGUGAGAUUUAGCGAAGGGCUUUAGGGGUGAGCUUUAGAGUUUAGAGCUUCGGAUGUAGGCUUUAAAAGCAAUGUUUUAAGAGGUGGAAUAUACUGCUGGACUUUACUGGUGGACUUCAGACUUUAGAAGCAGGGCUUUAGAGGUGGGCUUUAGAUCAGAGCUUCAGCGCAGGGCUUCUUUAGAGGUGGGCUUUAGAUCAGGGCUUCAGGGUUUUUGGGGGUUCUGGACUGCCUGGGCCUCGGAGCCCUGAAGAAGGUGCAGAUGGGUAACGCGGCGGGGAGCACGGAGCAGGCUGCGGGACCGGAGCCCCGGACCACGGUGGCCGUCCCCACCCCGGCUCCCCUGCAGAAACAGGCCUGCACCCCGAAACUGCCCAUGCCCCCAGAGGAGGAGCUGGAGGAGAGGUUUAACGUGGUGCUGAACUCUAUGAAUCUGCCACCGGACAAGGUGAAACUACUGAGUCAGUACGACAACGAUAAGAAGUGGGAACUGGUCUGUGAUCAGGAGCGCUUCCAGGUGAAAAACCCGCCCUCUGCCUACCUGUCGAAGAUCAGGAUCUACCUGGACCAGAGUGGAACCUCCCGGUUUAAGAAAAGGGUCGAGGAGUCCACUAAGGUCCUGAGAGAGCUGGAGAUCUCCCUUCGGACCAAUCACAUUGGGUGGGCUCAGGAGUUCCUGAAUGAGCAGAAUCAGGGUCUGGAUGUGCUGGUGGACUACCUGUCCUACGCCCAGGGCACUGUCCCGAUUGACACAGAGAACGUGGACAAUGGGGUGCUGGUAGCAGAGAGAGUAAAGAUGCUGGAUAAAUCCAUUGAGGACUUGAAUAAAAGCGCAGGAAACUCGCCCACCCAUUCCGUCUCCAAAUCUGCACGUUCCCUGACUGUACGGUUGAACACAUUUGCUCACAGUGUGAAGGCUCUGCGCUCUCCUCGUGCUGUUGGUCAGGAAGACGUACACGUCUGCAUCAUGUGUUUGCGUGCCAUCAUGAACUACCAGUCUGGGUUUAACCUGGUGAUGACACACCCACGAUGUGUCAACGAAAUCACACUCAGUCUCAACAACAAAAACCACAGGACCAAGGCACUAGUGCUGGAGCUGCUGGCUGCUGUGUGCCUCGUGAGGGGGGGGCAUGACAUCAUCCUCUCCGCCUUCAACAACUUCAAAGAGGUUAGCGGGGAGAAGAACCGAUUUGAGAAGCUCAUGGAGUAUUUCAUGAAUGAGGACAGCAACAUUGACUUCAUGGUGGCUUGCAUGCAGUUCAUAAACAUUGUAGUCCAUUCAGUGGAGAACAUGAACUGUCGUGUGCACCUGCAGUAUGAGUUCACCCAGCAUGGACUAGACCAGUACCUGGAGAAGCUGAAGUCCACAGAGAGUGAAAAGCUGCUGGUCCAGAUCCAGGCGUAUCUGGACAAUGUGUUUGAUGUGGGAGCUCUGCUGGAGGAUGUGGAGGCUAAAGGAGGCCUACUGGAACACAUGGAGGAGUUACAGUCACACAACACAGACCUGACGGCUCAGCUGCAGGACUGCGAGAACCAGGCCAUGGAGAAGAUCGCAGAGGUGGAAAAGCAACUCAUUCAGGCCACCAAGGAGUUGGAGGUGCUCAAGGACAGCCUGCGAGACUCCUGCUCACAGGUGAGCUCCCUCCAGCAGCGGGAGAGGGAGAGGGAGCUGGAGCGAGACCGGGAGCGGGACAGAGAGCGGCCCCCCCUGUCCUCCCCCGUCACCGCCCCGGCCACCACCCCCAUCUCCUCCCCCUCCCCCUCCCAGCUGGAGAAGAAGCUGCAGGAGCUGGAGGACCGCGGCCUGAUCCGGCUGGAGCGCUCCACUUCCGGGGAGCUGGACAUCAAGGUCGUACCUGUCAUCAUCAAAGAGCCUGCCACAGGUCAAAUCCUGGAAACCACUCCUCCAGCUCUGGCUCAGGAUUCUGCUGCACCUGUUCCCCAAAACACAUCUCCCCUCAGUGCCCCUCCUCCUCCUCCUCCUCCUCCUCCUCCUCCCCCACCUCCUCUACCAGGAGCUGCGGCUCCUCCUCCCCCUCCCCCACCCCUACCCGGAACCGGUCCCCCGCCGCCCCCUCCCCCGCCGGGAGCAGGUCCACCCCCACCUCCUCCACCUCCAGGGGGUGGACCCCCACCUCCUCCUCCUCCAGGUGGCUUAUCUGCUCCAGGAGUCAAGAGCAAAAAGACCAUCCAGACAAAGUACCGGAUGCCCAUACUCAACUGGCAGGCCCUCCCACCUACCCAGGUGACGGGCACCGUCUUCAGCGAGCUGGACGACGAGCAGGUUCUCGGGGAGCUUAACAUGGAUGCCUUUGAGGAGAUGUUCAAAACCAAGGCCCAGACUGCCCCCGCGAGCCUGGAUAAGCUGAAGGUGAAGACGGCUCAGAAGGCGCCCAGCAAAGUGUCCAUCAUCGAGCCCAACAAGGCCAAGAACCUGGCCAUCACCCUGCGCAAGGCCAAGAUAGGCGCAGCCGAAAUCUGCACUGCCAUAGAGAAUUACGACCAGCAGGCCCUGAGCCUGGACUUCCUGGAGCUGCUGGAGCGGUUCAUCCCGUCGGAGUACGAGAUGAAGAUGAUGCAGAACUACGAGCGGGACGGCCGCCCGCUGGACGCCCUGGCGGAGGAGGACCUCUUCAUGCUGAGCUUCAGCAAAAUCCCGCGCCUGGCCCAGAGGAUCAGCACGCUCACGUUCAUGGGCAACUUCCCCGACAGUGCCAAGCGGCUGCAGCCGCAACUGAAUGCCAUCAUUGCAGCAUCGAUGUCCAUCAAGUCCUCCAGCAAGCUGAAGAAGAUCUUGGAGGUCAUCUUGGCUUUCGGGAAUUACAUGAACAGCAGCAAGAGGGGCGCAGCGUAUGGCUUUCGCCUGCAGAGCCUGGAUCUGCUACUGGACACAAAGUCCACGGACCGCAAGCAGACCCUGCUGCACUACAUUGCCAGCAUCGUCCAGGACAAGUACCCCGAGCUGAGCACCUUCCACUCCGAGCUGCACUUCGUGGACAAGGCUGGCCUAGUAUCCCUGGACAGUAUCCUGCAGGACGUGCGGUCUCUAGAGAAGGGAAUGGAAGUGACUCGUAAGGAGUUCCUGGUUCAGGAUGAUAACCCCGCACUGAAGGAGUUCGUCAAGAACAGCAGCGAAACGCUGGACUCCCUCAUCAAGGAUGGCAAGACAGCACAGGAGGCCUAUGCUACAGCGGUGGAGUAUUUUGGGGAGAACCCGAAGACCACCCAGCCCUCUGGCUUCUUCACUCUGUUUGUCCGCUUCAUAAAGGCUUAUAAGCAAGCUGAGCAGGAGAAUGCGCAGAAGAAGAAACAGGAAGCAGCUCAGAAUAGUGAUGCCGAGGUCCCCCCCGCCCCUGGGAAGACAGAGUCUCCAGGAAAGAAGCCCAUGAUGCCCAAAAUGCCCCAGAUGGACCUGAUCGCAGAGCUGAAGAAGAGGCAGGUGAAGCCCCAGGUGCGUGGGGUGCAGGAUGGAGCCAUCGAGGACAUCAUCACAGACCUGAGGAACCAGCCAUUCAGACGGACGGACGUAGGCCCGCGCAACACAAAGAGACCCAACGGACAGCAGGCCUCCUCAAACACCUCGUCGUGAAGAAUCUGUGCUUACUGAGAAACUCGCAUGCAAGUGCGCAGACACACACACACACACACACACACUUCCCCCUAUUAUUCCAAGUAAUGAGCCGAUACCUAAUUUCAUCUUAUAGGAGUUUAAAACAGAAAUGAAAAAAU